AUGGAUGAACUCCAGACGUUCAAGGACCAGCUGGCGCUCGUCAACAUCCAGCUCGAGGGUGACAAGGACAAUGCCGACCUCCUCGCCCUCAAGUCUGAGCUUGAGGAAAUCGUUAGUCUGACGGAGCAGACUGCUGCGGCGGCCGCACCGAAGAAGGACCGCAAAGGCAAGGGGAGGGACAAGGAGAGGGACAAGGCCGAGCCAGCCGCAAACUGGCAGGACAGCGGCGAAUACCGUGCUGGCAUGGACUGCAUGGCGAAAUACAAGGAUGGCAAGUGGUACCCAGCGCGGAUCAACCAGGUUGUAGGGUCGCAAGAAUCGCCCCUCUACACCAUCACAUUCAAGGGGUACACGUCGUCCACGAACGUACCCCUCUCGAGCCUGCGACCACACGAUCCGUCCGCGCCCAUCCCCGUACCCGUGAAAAGAGCUGCUGAGCCCACCGAGCGGGAGAAGGAGAAGAAGAAGCGCAAGGGCGAGAAGUGGAUGGCGAGCCAGAAGGGCCGCGCAGAGGAGGCGCGGAGCAAACAGAAUACGUGGGAGAAGUUUGGCAAGAAGGCGCAGAAAAAGGGGAUCCACAUUGCCGGUCUGGAGGGGACAAGCGUGUUCCGGACAAGUGACAGUCCUUAUGCGCGCGUCGGCGUGUUCAACUCUGGCCACGGGAUGAAGGACUUUGACAAGAUGGGCAAGCACAAGUUUGAGCGGCCGCUCGACGAGGAGUGA